CGCCCCAAUGUCAACUUUUUAUUAUGACUUUUCCUGUUCCCUGUCUUCAAAACCGAUAAUUUCUUAUUAAAAUAUGAAUUAGUAUGGAAUUAGUUCAAUAAUUCCAUUGUGUAGGUGCGGGAAAAGCCCUGUUUGUCCUGAUGGAUUGACCAGAAACCCGAUCAAUCACUGUUGACGACUAUGUGGAAGAAUCGCCUACAGCCCCCUUUGAGUAGUGUGUUUAGUUGGCAAAAUGGUUAAAACCAGCCCUAAAAGCAAGUAUUUACGCCGAUACCGAACGUGUUUUAUCAUAGGAAUAGUGAUUUUGUCGCUCCAACUGUUGUUGGUGGCCAAUUUCCUUGUUCAGAACAAGAACACUGAGGGCCCUGAGAACUGGGAGCCCUCAGAUAUUGACAAGGACUCAGGGUCGAAUAGCGAAGCCCUGAACUCUGCGAGGCGCAGCGACGAUGAGGAAACGAACCUGCUGGCGCCCCAAACGAAGCGGGCAGGCAAUGGGAGUAUUCAGCUGAAAGUCGAAGACUUGAGCUUCGAGUUGCCGUGCCAGAUGGGGGAGAAACAGGCCCUGAGUGCCCUGAAUCGAGCCAAAUCGCAGCGCUGCAAGCAGCUGAUUGCCAACAUAACUUGCCUGGCUUUGGAGAAUCAGCUUUAUCCGACUGAGCUGCGAUCAAGCUGCCCCAGUGAACAGUUCGCGGCUGGCAAGGAGAUGGGCUGUUUCAAAGACGAGAAGAACUUUCGGCUGUUGAAUGGCUACUUUGGGGUCAGCAAAACCGACAACUCGCCGAUCUACUGCAUGAAUUUGUGCCUGCAAUCCGGGUUUCCCUAUGCAGGGGUUCAGUAUGCGCAGGAGUGCUUUUGCGGCUCUGACGAGCCCCCCUCCGGUUCCAAGCUGCCGGACUCUUCAUGCAACAUCAAGUGUCCAGGGGAUGCACAUGCGACCUGCGGGGGGUACUAUACGAUGAACGUCUACCAGACUGGAAUCAAAAGGUUUGUGCCGCAAACUGCCAACGAGACGCUGCAAGCAGUCAAGCAACGGAAAAUCGCGUUUCUGCUCACAUUGAAUGGGAGGGCUUUGCGCCAAGUCCACAGGCUCCUCAAGCUGAUUUACCACAGGAAUCAUUACUACUACAUUCACGUGGAUGUGAGGCAAGAUUACCUUUACCGGGAGCUGCUGGCAUUGGAACGAUUCCCAAACAUUCGACUGACCCGUAAACGGUUUGCCACCAUAUGGGGUGGCGCCUCGCUGCUGGAAAUGCUGCGCGCCUGCAUGCUGCAGCUGCUGCAAAUGCCCGAUUGGUCCUGGGACUUCAUUCUCAACCUGAGCGAAUCGGAUUUUCCCGUGAAACCUCUUGGCAAACUGACGCAGUUCCUUAGCGCCAACGCGCAGCGUAAUUUUGUGAAAUCGCAUGGCCGCGAGGUGCAGCGAUUCAUCCAGAAGCAGGGUCUGGACAAGACGUUCGUGGAGUGCGAGUACCGGAUGUGGCGCGUUGGAAACCGGAAGCUGCCGUUGGGCAUCCAGAUUGAUGGUGGGAGCGACUGGGUGGCCUUAUCCAGGCCUUUUGUCCAGUACGUUGCCAAUCCGGAGCCCGAUGAAUUGGUUUCCGGGCUGUUGAAGGUGUUCCAACACACGCUGUUGCCAGCUGAGAGUUUCUUCCACACGGUGCUGAGGAAUUCGAAGUUUUGCCACACGUAUGUGGAUAACAACCUGCACGUGACCAAUUGGAAGCGCAAAUUGGGCUGCAAGUGCCAGUACAAACAUGUGGUGGACUGGUGCGGAUGCAGCCCCAACGACUUCACUCUUGACGAUUGGGCAAAGGUUCUCAAUACACAAUCACGCACGCCGUCCAAAGAGGUGGCCAACUUGAACUCCUACUGGCAAAACCUCUUCCACCAUCAGGACCUGGGAGUGGCUUUCGACGACAGUCUGAUGACUUUAGCGGAGAGCAUCGGCAGACGCUCGCUGAAGGCUCUGAGCAACAGCAGCGGCUCAUGCGACUUGUUUCUGAGCAGCCUGCAGCAGAUCAACAGCUUCCACUACAACGACCACUACAAGUACAGCCUGCUUCUGCUGGCCAGUGGCGUCGAAGUGGCAGUGAAGCCGAUUAAUAAGCUGUUUGUGAAACCCGGCCCGCUAGUGAAGCAUUUGGCCACUUUGCUGGUGAGCACCGAGUUCGAUCAGAAGGAGCAACUGAGCAGGAACUUUCUGCGCAAUCUGUCGCCAUAUUCUGAUCCGGUGUUGGUUUACAAGUUCAGCGCCUUGAAGGGGGCGAAACUGUACAACUUGACCUGCCUUUGGGUGGAUCCCAUUGGCGUGCUCAGGGAUGUUUCGCUGUUUUCUUUGGACGCAAACAACCUGGUUGGGCAUGUGAAGGCCGGCAUGAAGCAGCCGCAUUUGCCUGGAGUUUGGAAAGUAAAGCUCCUGCAUAAGGACUCACUUCUGGCUCAACUCUCAUUCCCCAUCUUGCCACUGCAGUUUUUGUCCGGAAGGCCCAUUAGUAGCAAUGAGGUUUCCGCGCUGCAUCUCAGCCUGGGCCAGUCGGCAGGCCCCAUUUGGCCCAAUUCCGAUUACGCCAAAUUCCUGCCCAUGGCGGCUCACCAGCAGACGCUACUGGAAAAGGCCAACAGAAACGCUCAGAGGCGCAACGCCAGCCUCCUGGCAUGGAUCGACAGUCUAGUGGGCGUUUUUUACGCGAUCGAACGCGUUUGUACCACAGCAGACAGUCCAGUGGGUGCCUGUGGGCUAAAAAUCGCACCUUGCAGGACUACGCAAUGGAGCAGCCUGGCUCCUGAUCCGAAAAGUGCCAUUGGCGACGUAAACGCCACCACCGGCAUGUUUGAUGUGUGGUGAUCAAUCUAGACAAUUCUAGUUACUAAAUCCUGAAUAGUUAUCGUUAUGAGCUGAUCGAGAUCUGCUCAGGCUCACCUCUACGCAAUAUUCGCUCAUCCUGGGCGAAAGCAAACUUAGCCAAUAAGUCUUGUGAUAAAAAUGGUGCUCAAUUCUAUGAUCUAAGUGUGAUGAUUGUAGCCGAGUCGGAGUUGAGGUCAUUUUCGAAUUUAUGAUGUUAACAACAUUCCACCGUGAUGCCAUUAAUCUGUUUAUUGCCAUGCCAUAGUUUUCGGUUCCUUAAUGAUUAUUAGUAUUAAGCGACCAAAGAGAGUGUAGAGUCAUUUUAGUUCCGUAAGGAUAUUUUUGUAUUCGAUACUCAAUUGAUUGGGCAAGGAGUGUGUAGUUUAAUCAAGAAAAAUCGAAGUUUCCUGAGAA